AUGGCUCACCCAGUUCAGAUGAACAAUCUGACGACUCUCAUCAAACGCCUUGAGGCUGCUACCUCCCGCCUGGAGGAUUUAGCAUCAACUCCCGUUGACCUUAAUUCCGGUGCAGCUACUGCGCUUCCUAGCAAUACCAGCGCGGCUUCUCUGGUGUCAACUACUACAAUACAAAAUCCACCUCCGCCAGCUCCAGAGCCGCUUCCUGCGUCUGUUGAGGACUUUGACGAGUUGAUAACUAAGGAAGUCGCAAAGUAUGUUGAGAAAAGCGCUGAGAUAGGUGAUCUCGUAGCAGAACAGAGUAAAGCUGUCGAGAAAUGCUUUGCGGCUCAGAGAAAGUUUCUCGUUAUCACAACCAAGGCGAAGAAGCCAGGAUCGUCAACGCAGCUAUUUGUCGACCUCGUCGCUGAAAUGCAAACUGAGCUUACCAACGUCUCCAAUAUCCGUGAGAAUAACCGACACUCUGCGCUCUCCAACCAUUUGUCGACUGUUAGCGAAGGUAUUCCCGGUCUUGCUUGGGUAACCGUUGAGGGAAAACCGGCAAAAUAUGUCAGAGAAAUGCUGGGUGCUGCGCAAUUCUUCGGUAAUCGUGUGAUCACUUCGCACAAGGAAACGUCUCCAAAGCAUGUUGAAUGGGUGCGCUCGUUUUACACUGUUCUGACGGCUCUUGAAACCUAUGUUGCCGAUCACCAUGCUCUGGGAGUGACAUGGAAUGCUAGAGGCAUCGAUGCCAAAGAAGCACUUACACUCGCAAGCAGCUCUUCGGCCACCUCGCAAGGCCCCACUCCUACUAGUGUAGCCCCCCCUCCACCGCCCCCACCUCCUCCACCACCGCCCCCGCCACUAGGAUUACUUGAUGGGUCGGGGACUCCAGUGGGAGAUAUUGGUUCAGUAUUUGCCGAGAUCAAUCGCGGGUCUGAUGUUACGGCUGGCCUGCGCAAGGUAAAUAAGGAUGAAAUGACACACAAGAACCCGUCUCUUAGAGCGAGUUCCGUUGUUCCAGCGAGAUCCUCCUCCAGCCUGCGAGCAAAAUCCCCUGCUCCUCCUUCGAAAUCUAAACCCGCACACCUAACCAAGAAGAAGCCUCCCAAGAAGGAAUUGGAUGGAAGUAAAUGGUACAUUGAGAAUUAUGAGAACGAACAGGCAUUGACUCUUGAAGAUGUCGAAAUCAAUCAUUCGGUUUUCAUCUUCCGUUGCAAGAACACAACAAUCCAAAUCAAGGGCAAGAUCAACGCUGUUUCUCUUAAUGAAUGCGGCAAGACAAACAUCAUUGUAGACAACCUUGUCUCUUCCAUUGAGGUCAUCAAGUCCAACAACUUCGCCAUACAAAUCAUGGGCAAGGCUCCAAAUCUACAAGUCGACCAAUGCGAUGGUGGCACGGUAUACGUCUCAAAAGAGUCACUAGACAUGGAAAUCUUCACUUCAAAAUCAUCGGCAAUCAACAUCAACGUUCCGGGUGUUGGCGAAGAUUGGGACUACCAGGAGUGCGCAGUACCGGAGCAAUUAAAGACUACGAUCAAGGGUGGCAAAUUGGUGACUGAGAUUGUAGAACAUGCUGGCUAAGUGCUUUUUGUGAAUGAGUCCUACAUUAGCUCGUUGAGUUUUUUUUUUUCUUUUUUCUUUUUUUGCUAUUUUUCAUGUCCGAUUAUCUUUCCUUGUUAGACAGUGGAUUUCACACCUCGUGUUUUACCAUUGUUCUGUUCUAUUAUGCGGUAGAAGGAGAAAAAAGACAUCGAGUGUACACAUUUAGGGAAUGAUGAAGAGUAAUAAUGGCGAGUGGAUUCAACCUGG